AUGGUCAACCCCAAGGAAUACGACUCCAUGACCGAGGAGGAGCGCACCGCUCACGACGCCGCCGCUCGCGCGAAGGAAGCCGAAGAACAAGCCACCCUCCCUUACAAGUGGAGACAGACCUUGGUCGACGUUGAUAUCACUUUCGAGGUCCCUAAGGGUACCCGCGCCAGGGACCUGGUCAUUGACAUCAAGAAAAAGACUCUCAAGGCCGGUCUCAGAGGGCAGACUCCCAUCAUCGAGGGCACGUUGACAAAGGAAGUCAGGCUGGACGACUCGACAUGGUCGUUGGAGGACCAAAAGGAAAUCAACAUCCACCUCGAAAAGGCAAAGAGCACCGAGUGGUGGAAGGCCGUCAUUGAGGGUCACCCCGAAAUCGACACCACAAAGAUCGUCCCCGAGAACUCCAAGCUCAGCGACCUCGAUGGCGAGACCCGCGGCAUGGUCGAAAAGAUGAUGUUCGAUCAGCGUCAGAAGGCUGCCGGAUUACCAUCCAGCGACGACCUCAAGAAGGCGGAGGCAUUCAAAAAGUUCCAGGAAAUGCACCCUGAGAUGGACUUUAGCAAUGCCAAGAUGGGAUAA